GGAGGGGCUCUGCGAGGCCCAGGCCGCCCGCGCCCGCGGCGGGCCGCAGGGUCUGCGCCCCCGCUGCUGCUGGGGGCCGCGUCUCGCGGAAGGGCGGGGGGUACGUGGCGCAGCUGCGGCUGGCCCCGGGCCUGCACGCGGUGUCGCGGUGCGAGGGCACGCCCGAGAGGGCGCUCCGGCUGCGCGGCGUGCUGGAGAGGGCGCGGGAGCUCGCGGCGGGGGCGGAGGCCCAGGACGGAGGGCCCGGCGGCCCCUUCGGCUGCGCGUCGCGGCUCCUGAAGGCCAUCGGGGCCGCGUCGUCCGAGCACGGCGUGGCGGCCGAGGAGCUCGGGCUCUCGUUCUGCGCGCUCGUGGACGCGCACGCGGAGGUCGGGCGGGUGGUCUCUGGCAGCUACGGCACGUCGCUGCAGGAGCCUCGAUGCUGCAGGAAGACGAAGCCCCCAGGGCCGGGCAGCGGCUGGGCUGGCCGGGCCUGCGCUCGGCCUGGAUCGAGGUCAUGCAGCGGCCGGUGCAGGCGCGCUCGGGCACCUUUGGCCGAUCCAGGCCCCGCCCGCGCCUCGAGGAGGACGCGGCGCGGGUCGCCGACGAGGCUCGCCAGGCGCACGUGGCCGCCACCCGGCGGCGCCUCGAGGCGCGGAGGGAGGCGACCUGCGCGCGCCUGCUCGCCAAGGCCGAGCAGGCGCUGAGGGCUGCCCAGCUGCUGCGGCGCGGGCGGCCGCUCGGCACGCGCGGCUGCGCCGAGCGCGGUGCUGCCGCCGUCGGCUGCGCCGGAGCUCGCCGCUCGGCCGCGCCAGCGAAGUGACGGCUCGGACUGCGCGGGCCCACCCGGCAGCGGGCGCGGGCGGCGCCCGCCCGGCAGCGGGCCGAGCAGACGUCGAGGCCUGCCCAGCUGCCGGCGACGCUGAAGCCUGCCCAGCUGCCGCUGCGAGGGCGGGCGCGGGGCCAGCGCCGCUCUGGCGAGCGCAGUGCCGCCGUCGUUGGCGCCACUGGAGCUCGCCGCUCGCGCUCGCGGGCGGAGUGACUGCUCGGCGCAGCGUGAGUGUGCGCCCGCCACGGCAGGGCGAGGCGAGACAUCGGUAGGUGGCCUUCGGGGGGCCCCUCGCCGCUGGGGGCCCCUCGUCGCCGGAACACGGGCGCGGUUGGACCCUAGGAGUGGUCGGGGCCACGACUUUUCGAGCUUCUGGUGUCUCAACUCGCCUGCUCCGAGCGCACCCGGCAGCGGGUCGGUCAGAGGAGGAAGUGAGUGCCAGAGCCGCUGCUCGUCCUGGGGAUGACUGGCCGCCACAGCUGCCGCGCAUGAUCGUGCUGCAGGCCCAUCUUCGGUAUUGCCUCAGGUGCGCCACAUCCGCAUGCCUGGUUCAUGCACGGAUCGGCGGCGCAAUUCGGACCCUACCCUCGCCGAUCAAUGAUCUGAGCAAUGGGCGGCGGGGUUGGGGCUCGGAAUCCAUCGAAUUGGCGAGACUUGAAACCUACCCCAUCGGAGUGAUGAGGGCCCCUUCGCGCGAACCUAUUUCAACUCGCACACGCACGUCGGAGAGAUGA